CUGAUCCUACUUUCGUACAACCUGUAUCACCGUGCGUUUGCCGAUCAGAUCUUCCCAGGUCAUGUAGGUGGCACAUUUGGUCACAGCUUUCGUGAACCGAAGUACAAGAUUGAAUUCCAUCCAGAAGAUUCCCCAUUUCAUCCCUCUUCACAGGGUUUGAGACAAGGGGAUCCGUUAUUCCCUUUUCUUUUUGUCAUUGUUAUGGAGGCCUUGAGUCGGAUGGUGGAGGCUGCUUUGGGGGGGGGGGGGGGGGGGUUUCUUGGUGGCUUCUCGGUGGGAAACAAUAGUAAUGGUGUUAUUUCUAUUUCUCACUUAUUUUUUGUGAUGCUGAUGCUUGUCGAAUUCAACCUUUAAGAGCUGUUCUGUUGUGUUUUGAAGCUGUCUCGGGCCUCAAGGUGAAUUUGGGUAAGUCGGAGUUAGUACCGGUGGGAGAGGUGAGGAAUGCUAACUUUGUAGCAGAUUUGUUGGGCUGUAAAGUUGCUUCUCUUCUGCUGAAAUAUGUUGGGCUUCCCUUGGGGGCGUGCUUUAAAGCAAGGAGGAUUUGGGAUGGGGUUAUAGAGAAGGUAGAGAAAAUAUUGUCGGGUUGUAAGUGGCUUUAUUUAUCAAAAGGGGGGCGGUUAACCCUUAUCAAAAGCACCCUUUCCAAUCUUUCCACAUAUUAUCUUUCUUUAUUUCCAUUACCGGUGGGAGUGGCUAAUCGGAUUGAAAAAUCGUUUAUAGUUUUUUUGUGGGGGUAAUUUGGGGGAGGAGAAUAAAUUUCAUCUUGUGAAUUGGCAAAGGGUGAUUUUCCUGAUAGUGAAUGGUGGCUUGGGGGUGCAAGAUUUGAAUAUUUUAAUAAGCCAUUAUUAGGAAAGUGGUUGUAGAGGUAUCAAAUGGAAGGAGAUUCUUUGUGGAGAGAGGUGAUUGAUCGGAAAUAUGGGUUUGAGUGGGGGAGAUGGUGUUCUAAGGAGGGUAGGGGGUCUUAUGGUGUUUGUCUUUGGAAAUAUAUUAGAGAGGGGUGGAACAUUUUUGAAAAACAUAUUAAGUUUGAGGUUGGAGUCAGUGACAGAAUCCGGUUUUGGUUUGAUGAUUGGUGUUGUGAGAGACCUCUUAAUGCUGUUUUUCUGGUAGUUUUGAGCUUGGUUGGAAACCAGCAGGUUGCUGUUUCAGAGGUGCUGUGUCGUGCUGAUGGGGUUGUACAUCGGAAUGUUAUUCUCACUAGAAAUGCCCAGGAUUGGGAACUUGAUGAGAUUGCAGGUUUUUUUAGCUUUUUGCAUUCAGUAAAGCUAGGUGCAAAUGGGAGAGAUUGUAUGCUGUGGAAACACUCAGGGAGCAAUAAGUUUUCUGUUAAUUCAUUUUACAAGGUGUUGACUGCCCAACAGCAUAUUUCUUUUCCCUGGAAGAGCAUUUGGAAGGUUUGUGUGCCGUCUAAAGUUGCUUUUUUUUCAUGGACAGCUGCACUUGGGAAGAUUUUGACGAUUGAUAAUCUAAGGAAGUGUGUUAUGAUUGUUAUGGAGUGGUGCUUCAUGUGUAAGAAGAAUGGAGAAUCGAUUGAUAAUCUUUUUCUAUGUUGUGAGGUGGCUAGGGAGUUUUUGGGUGGUAUUCUUUGUAGAGCUGGGCUGAGUUGGGUUAUGCCUAAGAGGGUGGUGGAGGUUUUAGCAUGCUGGAACAGACAUCACAAUAGCUCUCAACUGGAUGAGGCGUGGAGGAUGAUACCUUUGUGCUUAAUGUGGUGUUUAUGGACUGAAAGGAAUGACAGAUGUUUUAACAACAGGAAAAGAGCAGUGGGGGAUAUCUGGAAUUUCUUUGUGUCUUCACUUUUUCAGUGGUUUUCUGCUAUUGUAUUAAAGGGAGAAUGUUCGUUGAGUUUUUGUUUUCUUUUCAGCUUUCUAGAAUGUAAUUUGGUAUCUCAUCUUGUAUACUUCCUAUGAACAUGGGCUCCUCCUAGUUUCAUUUGUUUCAAUAAAGUUUCUUACUUAUCAAAAAAAAAAUUCAUUGUCAUUAAAAAGUUGAUGACAUCAGUUGACCUGUCUCCAUGAUGGAUUUAAUUGGUAUGUAUUGCUAUUAUCAGUUCACCUGUACCCAUUUCCUUGCUAUCAGCUUUUUUCAUAGACAGGAAAGCAGGUGGCUUAGUUCCCUUUGUGCAAGGGUAGGGUUUAAGUAGCAAGCAAUAGUUACAGUUUUAGGUGCUUAAUCUAAUUGUGAAGGUGUUGGGGUGCUUCCCUCUAUGCAACUAUUAGCUGCCUGGCUUUUACUAGUAAUAGUGGUUAUGCUGAAUUCCUUUCUAUAGGACUAUGAACCUUGCAUAGGGCCUUAAGAGUUACCAGAUGCCCUUGGGAUUUAAUUUUGUUUUUGAUAAAUUCUAAUCCGUAUUUGCUUUCAUUCUCAGGUUUGUGUGGAUGAACUAUGUUGUUUUUAUGUUAACGGCAGAAGAGAGUGUAUAGACUAUGAGAGUAAUAUGAUCUAAUAGUUGGGCCCGUUUACAUGGCAGGAUGAUGAUCAGGAGUCUGUGGUUAUG